AUGACCGGAAUCGCACCGAGAAAGGUCACAUUGCAACACCUCAACAAGAUCAGACCAUGUGUCCGAACUACGUGGGCCUACGUGGAUUACAGUGAUCCAGCUGUAGCUGUGAUCCCCGGUACCUUCAACCGAUCUAUCUUUGAAGCGCCUUUCCUGAGCGAAAUUUCCGACGAUAAGCAAGCUGCAGCGAAUUCUUUCCUCAACAAGACUGAUUUUAUUGCCUAUGACGAGCGUUUCUUCUCAAUCAUCGGACCUGAGGCCACAGUCACACAUUUGCAAAAGCUGACCACCGACAAUGUCCAUGAAGCCCCAUGCUGGAACCCUACGACUCGUGAGCUGCUGUUUACAGAAUGGGGACGUCCGAGCCUACAAAACGGCACUCAUCGUUGGCAGUACUUGCUCGACGUGGACGACAACGAGUUGCGGAAUAUUAGCACCGUACCACCCACCACUAAUCUUCAUGGAUGUGUUUUCUUCAAAGGCUCAUACUUCGGUGUCACUGAUGGGGGAUCCAACGAGACUGGGACAGUGAUCAAGAUCGACCCGUCAACUCUUGAAAAGACGGUGAUUCUCAACAACUUCUAUCAGCAGCCUUUCGCCGGAUUCAAUGACCUCGAAAUUGAUCGCGCCGGCAACUUCUGGAUCACAGAUUCAUGGAGUGCUUGGGGGCGUGACCUCAGCCCGUUCACCCCACCUACGCUUCCAUCCGUUUAUUUCGUGAAUGGAACCAAUAUGCGCCCUCGUGUCAGCCAUAUCACCGACGGAAACACGAAUGGAAUUGCCAUCAUACCUGAUGGAUCGACACUUUAUCUCCCAGACAGUGGCGCGUCCGAGCACAAGCCAGUCGCUCGCAAAAACCCUUACAACAAACGUGAGAUAUCCGCCUUCGACGUGUCUGCCACAGGUGGUGUUUUGAGCAACAGGAGGUUACUUAACAACCCGAUAAGCUACUUUUACGACGGGAUCAAAGUCAGCGGCGAAGGCUAUAUCGUUGCUGGGGCAGGGGACGGGGUUGAUUUCAUUGACCCGGUUGACGGUAUCACCUUGGGAUCGAUCCGGCUGGGCGGUGGCAACAACGUUGCAGUGAACGUUGCUCUGGGCGAACAUGAGAUAUUUGUAGUGGGUAAAGGUGGUGUGUGGCAUGUAAAGAAUGUUGCGACAAAGCUCAUUAGGGAUUGGUGA